GAAAGGUCAGAGAGCAGAGGGCGGUGGGUGGGACUAUAUAAAAGGAGUCGUGGUUACCUGAGCAAUCGUUGGAGCGAGUGGGCCUUGCUCAGCUUUCAUCGGCGGAUUUUCGUCAGCGAGCUUACCUCAUUGGGCUCUUUUAGAGGAAGGUAUCGCCGUUGUUUUUUCGCUGAAUUCUGAAGACUGAUUACUGAGGGUAGCUAGUGACACGGACGGUUCUGCUCGUCGAAUUUCGACGGUUGUGAACAAACUGCAUCAUGAGUAAAAGAAAAUGUAAGAGCAAUAGUCUCUCUCUGGGUGAAUGCAUUGCCAAGGCUCACAUGAUAUUGAGAGCACGGUUCUGCCAUCACCUUCCUGGUAAACCAUUUGGAUUGGAAGCUCAGUACAAAAAUUUGAUGGAUCUUCUGAAACAAACAGCUGUUCAGGGGGAGAGUAACUCUGUCCUCAUUGUUGGUCCCCGGGGAGUAGGAAAGACAAUGCUGCUGAAGAGUGUGUUGAAUGAACUUAUGGAAAUGAAAUAUGUCAAGGAGAAUCUUCUACAAGUGCACUUAAAUGGUUUAUUGCAAACAGAUGACAAGGUUGCACUGAAAGAAAUCACACGACAGCUCCAGCUUGAGAAUGUUGUUGGAGAUAAAGUUUUUGGGAGUUUUGCUGAAAAUCUUGCUUUCCUUCUUGAGGCUUUGAAAAAAGGAAACCGAAGUAACAGCAGGCCAGUGCUUUUUGUCUUGGAUGAAUUUGACCUCUUUGCACAUCACAAGAAUCAGACCUUACUUUAUAACCUCCUUGAUGUUGCUCAGUCUGCCCAGACACCUGUAGCUGUAGUGGGCCUGACAUGUCGAUUGGAUGUUUUGGAACUCCUGGAAAAACGUGUGAAGUCAAGAUUUUCCCACAGGCAGAUUCAUUUGCUAAACGCAUUUGGCUUCAAACAAUAUGUGGAAAUGUUCCAGCAACAACUUAUUUUACCAAAAGAAUUUCCUGAUGGGAGAUUUGCACAGGAAUGGAAUCAAAAUAUCCAGUGUCUGUGCAAGGAUAAGAUGGUGGAAGAUAUUUUACAGAAGCACUUCAAUUCCAGUAAGGAUUUCCGCUCUCUGCAUAUGCUACUAAUGUUGACACUUAGUCAUGUGACUGUCUCCAACCCAAAUAUUCGACCAACAGACCUUCUAGCAGCCAGCAGACAGUACAUGAUGGAUUCUAAAGCAAAUGUACUGCAUGGUCUGUCUGUGCUAGAAUUGUGCUUGAUCAUUGCCAUGAAGCACUUAAAUUCAAUUUAUGAAGGAGAGCCUUUUAACUUUGAAAUGGUUUACAAUGAAUUCCAGAAUUUCAUUCAAAGGACAACUCAUUCAAUGCAUAACUUCAAAAAACCGGUAGUCUUGAAGGCAUUUGAGCAUCUGCAACAAUUGGAAUUAAUUAAACCAAUGGAUGGAGCAUCCCUCCGAACACACAAAGAAUACCAGCUGGUGAAACUGCUUCUGGAUAGCAGUCAGAUAAUGGAUGCACUUCAGAAAUAUCCGCAGUGCCCAACAGAUGUCCAGCUUUGGGCAGCAUCAUCUCUGGAUUAAACCACUGGAAAUCAGAACUCAUUAAUGAACUGAAAGAAUUUGGUAUUUUGGAGAAACUUUGAUAUUUUUCUGCAUCAGUAAUUAUAACAAGUGAUUUUCUUUUCAACUAGUUGAAAAUUGCAGGAAAGAUUUCUGUUGCUGGAAAGCAGGAAAUCAAAUAAAAUCCAGAGUUUGAGCUCUGAGAGAGGCAACAUUUUCCUUGUUUAAAAACUUGCCUUUCCAAAGUUCUGAGGACAUGGGUUUGAAUACCACCAUGGCAGGAAUUUUUUCCUAAAUAUUGAGUACAAUAAAAUCUGAGACAAAGUAACCAUUUUAAAACACCUCAGCUGCUUCACUAAUGUCCUUUAGGAAGGUGAUCUGCCAUCCUUAUCUGGCCUGGCCCACUUCUGACUCCAGACCCACAGCAACGAGGUUGACUCUUAACUGUAAUUAGGGAUGAGCAAUCAUUGCUGGACCAGCCAUCAACAUCCACAUUUAGUGAAUGAAAACUAUUUUGAAAUUUUCCAGGAGGAGGAACAGUUCAUCUUUUGCCACUAAGCUGACAUGCAAGUAUCACAAAAAUAGAUUUUUAACAUGUUUAUAUUUAAAUAGUUAGAAAUGUAUUUGUCUUUCACUUUUUUUCAUAAAUAACAAGCUUAAAAUUUAUAGUAAUAACAAAAUUAGAUUGGUGGCUUUGAAAAUGACUAUUAGUGGCUUUACUAUUCCCACUAUCGACAGAACACCUGCCAGUUAUGUAUUUAAAGAUAUUAAAAAUAUGAACAUUUUAAGAUGGCAAGUUUGUUCUUUUUGUAAGGGGCUAUAACUGCCUGCUGGAAAUCUUCCAAAAAGGUGCCCCAAAUUUCUGCCAUUUAGUAACUGCCAUUUUGUUUAGAUUAAUGCUGCUGUUGUUUGAUGUUUUUGUACUAAACAAUCAGGAAGGUUCCUAGAAGCUUUAGUUACAGAUUCAUUUAUGGUAAGGGUUCUAUCAGAAAAUAAAGUUUAGUCUUCUA